AUCAUUAUCUUUUUAUAUCUAGUAUCCCUUUUCUUUAAUUAGCCAAUGUGAACACAGUGAUAUGGACUUCACUGCAAAGGCUGAAGAGAAGAGCGACGACAGUCACGUGUUUUGCCCGAUACCAGCGCUUCGAAGUGGAGAACAGUUUCGUAAUUUCCUGACGACGGUCGAGAUACCUUGUGACAAUGUGACGACGUUCGGAGGACCUCCCAGGGGCAAGAAGGGGUCCUCGAAAAACGUUUGUCUCGAUGGCAGGUUCGACGUCAUCCCGGGUCGGUGCGUCGUCUUCUCCUUCGGCAUAAACCACGACUGGAGUUUCGAGGACGAGAUGGCCGAGUUUGGGUGCAAGCGCCGUUGCCUCCUCGCGAGAGUACCCUUCGCGCGAGGGCGUGUGGCUGCAUUGGGCUGCGGGCUUAUUUCCUUUUGCAACAGGAUCGGUUGA